CCCAUUGGUUACUAUCCUAGGUUACUACGUUGCCAUUUUGAUUUUGUGUUAACUAGUGUCGAAAUUCUUUAAAAUUCAUGAACUGCAUAUAACGUUGCAUUUUUAUUAAAUUAGUGGACAAAAGGGGCUUUGGUAGAUUUAGUAGUCUUCAAUAACAGCAUUGUAUUUUGAAAACUAAAAUGGAGCAAGGAGAAGGUACGACAGAUUUCUGGAUCCAUAACUUGUUGAAUACCAACGACCUUUUAAUGGCAAAACCAGCAAACAACAUAAUGUAUUACCAUUAUGGGGUAACGAGCAGUCCAUGAAUUUAAAUCCAUUGAUUUUGGCAAACAUUCAAAGUUCGAGUUACUUCAAAGUACAUUUAUUCAAAUUGAAAACCUAUCAUGAAGUUGUUGAUGAAAUAUACUAUCAAGUAAAACAUCUUGAGCCAUGGGAGAAAGGGUCUCGAAAAACAGCAGGGCAAACUGGAAUGUGCGGUGGUGUUCGUGGCGUAGGUGCGGGUGGAAUAGUAUCAACAGCAUUCUGCCUUUUAUAUAAGUUGUACACAUUAAGGUUAACACGAAAACAAGUUAAUGGUUUAUUGACCCAUACUGAUUCUCCAUAUAUACGUGCUUUAGGUUUUAUGUAUAUAAGAUAUACCCAACCCCCUCCCGAUCUAUUUGACUGGUAUGAAGAAUACUUAUGCGAUGAAGAAGAAAUUGAUGUAAAAGCUGGUGGUGGUCAAAUAACAACAAUUGGAUCCAUUCUCAGACAAUGGCUUGUAAAACUAGAUUGGUUCUCUACUCUAUUCCCACGUAUUCCAGUUCCUGUACAGAAGCAGAUAGAACAACGCCUUGCUGAAUAUGAUCGACAAAAUAAAAAGCCAGAAGUAUAUAACUCUCAUUAUAAUAACAGAAAUGAUAAUUAUAAUCCACGUGAUAAUGCUUCACGCAGUCGUGAUGAUUCUGGGAAUGCAAGAAAUUUUGGAGAAGCUGAAAGAUAUGCAAAAGACAGAAAUGAAAGAUACAAUAGAGAACAUGAGCGAAGUAGAGAUCGACAUGGAGAACGUAGCUCAGGCAGAGAUAGAGAUAGGUAUUUAGAUCGUGAACGGAGUUCACGUGACUAUCGAGAGAGAAGUAGAGAAAAAGAUAGGUCAAAACAUAGGAGCGAUCAUUCCAGAAAUAGAAGCAGAUCUCGAGAGAGGCACAGACGACACAGAUGAACAAAUGAGUAAUGUUUUCAGUCUAUUUUAUUUUAAAAUGGUGAUUAAAUUCUCAGUAUUUUCUUUUAAAUAUCGUACAAUUAUUUUUUUAUAUUUCUUUUAGUAUGGAAAUCAAAUUUAAAGUAAUG